AAAAUAAGCGAUUUCGAUUACGGCUUUCCUGGCUGCAAACUGCAUCUGGCAAAAGAAGAAUCACUGUUGUGUUUCGAAGAUUCUAAAUCGGAAAAGUGCACUUGAUAGUGCAUUGGUGCUCGCGAUAGAUCGUGUGGACGUGGUGGACAAGGUUCUAUUCGGACCAUCGGAGUUUUGCGUAAUCGUUAAUCGAUUCGAUACCGUGUGCGGGAGCAACCAGUGGUGGAUGUUUUUUUUUUUCGCGUGGGAAAUAUCGGAAGGCAGGAAGGAAGUAGUGUAACAUCAGCACUUCUAGCAAACGCGAACGGUACGGGGCCAUAGGAGGAAACCAUAUUCCGUCACGUGUAGUUUGUGGACGUAUUGAAGCAGAUCGAUUGAUAAGCUCUUCGUGGGUGGUAUCGGUAUGUAGUUGCACGGUGCGCUACUUGUAGUUGAAAAUAAAAACUUAGAUAAAAGUGCUCUUCUUAGUCCUUAUCAUCUGAAGCUUGCCCCUACAAUCAAUCAAUUGCGGAGUUUUCUACACGUCGGCAAGAUAAUUCAAAUACGAACGGCAGUGACAACAGCUGGAAGUGAAUUUCGUGUUCGGGUAGAAAAGGAAAAUUGGUGCAAAGAGUGUGACUAUAUAGUGUGAUUCUUGGCAAAUAAACGGGAUAGACCGUACCGCCUAUCGGUAUCGGCAGGCAAGGGCUGUGUUGUGGAUUCGGUUCCUGCUUGAAGCUGUAUCGAACCGCCGAAGAUAUACACCUAGAUAAACAACAGAAAACAGAUACAACCAAUCAUCCCGUUCGCGAUCCAACGGAGCUCAAUGGAAACAACAACCCACUCUUCGGGAGGAUAGAGAGUAGGAAAGAGUCGCUAAACUUGAGAUAUUGACCCUCUCGGUACCCGCAUUCACAUCAAACUCACCCGCUGAUAGAUUCCAAACCAAUCGCAUUCAACAGCCAGUUCCGGUGGUCAGUCUGGCUCGUUCCGAAGGUAGCAGGAUGGCACGACACAUCAUGGCAGUGUGUGUCGUGUGCUUGCUCUGUGCCGAUCAUCUUCCCUGCAAGCAACACGAUGAUUCCGACCUGGGACUACGGUUGCCGACGAUGACGAUAGCCGACAACCACCGACGAUUGGAAUCCGUCGUCGGUUCGACAGAAAAGGUGCACCACCACCUGGUGAAACGACACACCCAUGGACACGAUCAUCAUCACCAUCAUGGAGAUCAUGAUCACGACGAUCACGACGAAGAUGAGAACGGUCGAGCAGCGGUGCGGGAGAAGCUGGACGUAUUUAUGGUGGCCAUUUUCAAAGAGUUUGGUGAUCCCACGUCCAUGACGAUGGACGUGGCCGGAUUCGAGAAUAUGAUGAAACGAAUGAACAUGUACCGAUUGGUGACGGAACAGCUGCCCGGUAGCAGUAGUCCUGUGACCGCAUCAAAUCACGACCAUGACUCGGACAGUGAUGAAGCGUGCAUCAACAGCGUUGACUUUGUGAAGCGGAUAGCGAUGUCCGAACCGCUUGCGAUGGCCGCGUUAGGGCCCGCAGGAAAUGUCUCUCAAAAUACUAACAGUAGCGCAGCUAACGGUAGCAGUAGUGAUAAGGCCAAUACUACUAGUGAUAGUAAUAACAGCAGCAGUAGUAGCAGUAGCAAUAGCAUUAGCUCUAGUGAUAGGAUUCCUAGCAAAUCCAACAGUAGCAUCAGUUCUAACAGUAACAUUAUGAGUGAAUUGGAUCGAUUGAAAGCAUCAUUCCGACUGGAUCGGGAUGAUCUGUUCAACAUAUGUCCGAUUCUGUUGGCACAGCUAUCGUCGAAGACGUCCCGGCAGCGAGCCGGCUGUAUCGCUCCGGGCGUAGUCCCAGAGCUGGCUGCUCUGGUGGCCAGAAGAGGAGGUACAUCUCCCGGAUUGCAAGAGAUCGGUAGCUCCGGGGACGAUACGAUAGAACCAUUGGUGUGGAUCUACUCGACACUGGCGGUUUUGGGUGUUAGUUUAUGUGGUUUAUUGGGCGUUGCUGUGAUACCGUGUAUGGAUAAGCAUUUUUAUCAGCAUGUACUGCAGUUUCUGGUUGCACUGGCAGUGGGCACACUGUGCGGGGAUGCUCUGCUUCAUCUGCUUCCGCAUGCAAUGAUGUCAACAACGAUGGAAAACCCCCAUGACGAGAUGAUGUACAAGGGACUGGCCGCCGUCAGUGGCAUCGUGUUUUUCUACUUUAUGGAACGGUUCCUAACGGUCGUUGCCGAGUGGUACAAACAUCAGGAGAAGAAGGACAAGCCUUCCUCGCGGGUGCGGGUGAUGCGUGAACCCGAAUCCAGCUCGUUGCAUAAUGCUGCCAGUGGAGAGAAGCAGUGCAAGCACAAAUACAGUUCCUAUCCAUAUUGCUAUGACGAGAUUGCGAUGGAGACCAAGGAUGACCAUCACGAGCACAACCACAUGGAGAACCACAUUCACAACAAUCACAACAAUGCAUCGGCCAAAUGUGCCAACAAUCACGGCAGCGAACACGGCGAACAUGUGAGCGAUUACGUGGGUUUGCACCACAGUAGCACCAAGGAAGAUACGGCCAAUCAGGACAAUAACACCGUUUCGACCAAUCUGGACGAUGCAUCGAUCGAAAGCGAACAUGCCAAGCCCAAGAUACAGGCCGAGAACUACACGAUCAUCCUGCGCGAGCACGAAACCAAACACCACGGGCACACACACAUGCAUGGGCACGUACACUCGCCGCCGGGGUCCCUGUCGGCGGUGGCCUGGAUGGUUAUCAUGGGCGAUGGAUUGCACAACUUUACCGACGGUUUGACCAUCGGCGCUGCGUUCGCCAACAACAUCGCCGGUGGAUUUUCCACCGCAAUUGCCGUCUUCUGCCACGAACUGCCGCACGAGCUCGGUGACUUUGCGGUGCUGCUGAAGGCCGGAAUGUCCGCCCGGGAUGCCGUGUACUACAAUCUGCUGUCGUCAAUUCUCAGCUUCAUCGGAGUGAUGAUCGGUAUCGUGAUUGGCCACCAACCGGAGGCGUCCGGGUGGAUCUUCGCGGUGGCCGCCGGACUGUUUCUGUAUAUUGCUUUGGUGGAUAUGAUUCCCGAGCUGACAUCCGCCCACGGAGUCGAGGAUCGCUGUAAAACUUCCGAGUUCCUGCUGCAGUUCUUCGGCAUGAGUGCCGGCUUCGGGAUCAUGCUCCUGAUUGCGAUGUACGAGCACGAUCUCAAAGAAAUGUUCGUUGACUAAAAGCUAGACUGCAUUGAAUCACACACUUUAAAUCUACUGAAAACGCAAAAAAAAACACGAAGAGGGGAGGCGGUAAGAGAGGGUUUUGGAUGGAUCAGGUAAAUUCAAACGGUUAUAUUCAGGUGCGUGCGUUUAGAACGGACGAGAAUUCUUUUCGGAACUAAUGAGGGUACGAAGCAGGGAAGAAAACGAAAAUCGUGUUUAAAUUUUUCCUAUUAAAUUUAGGCGCCCCCAAAAAAGGUGGGAUACUUUUUGCGGAAAUAUUGUCUAUAUUUCACCGACGCAAAUCGAGUAUAACAGUGUAGUGCGUUGCGAUUUUUUUGUUUUUUU